UGGAAAAUUAAUUUAUGCAGGGAAUGCCAGCCAGUGUUCAGAUAUAUGCAUGUGGAAAGGACUUACAAAGUCAAGCUGUUGCUCGACGCAGCUUCUUCCGCUGCUCAACUGUGCAACUGAGCUGGAACUCUGGUUCUACAGGGCUUCUAGUGGUGGUCCAAUCAGAUGUUGAUAAAACAAACCAAAGCUACUACGGAGAAUCAAAGUUGAACUACUUGACUACUGAUGGGACCCAUGAAGGGCUUGUUCCUCUCCGUAAAGAAGGCCCUAUUCAUGAUGUUCAAUGGUCCUAUUCGGGUAAAGAAUUUGCAGUUGUUUAUGGUUUUAUGCCUGCUAUGGCCACGGUGUUCGACAAGAAGUGCAAUCCUCUGCUUGAGCUUGGAACAGGCCCAUACAACACUAUCAGAUGGAAUCCGCUGGGGAACUGUAUCCUUUUCUUCGAAAAGACAUUCUUUGCAUUCUGGGACUACAAGGAAAAGAAGCAGCUUGGAACUACAAGGGCUGAAUUGUCAGUGACAAGUGAAUGGUCUCCUGAUGGUCGGUACUUUAUGACUGCCACAACAGCUCCACGCCUUCAAGUUGAUAAUGGGGUUAAAAUUUUUCACCACAAUGGAUCAUUGUACUUCAAGAAGAUGUUUGACAGAUUGUAUCAGGUUGAUUGGAAGCCAGAGUCAGUAGAAAAAUUUGGUGACAUUGAAGACCUUGUUAAGGCAGUUGGCUCGGUGAAAAUAGAUGAAGCUAAAGCGCCAGGUUCCUCCUGUUUAAAUCUUGUCAUGAGGGGCCUAAAGCAAUAUAAGGUUUUCAUGGACCCUCAACAUACCGGAGAUUUAUUUGAUUUGGCCUAA